AUGGUUAAAGGUAAGGGCUGCCUGAGUGCCUUGGAUGGUACACACAUUAAUGUGAUUGUAAGUACUGAAGACAAACCGCGGUUUCUUUCAAGGAAAGGCCAAAUUUCUACCAAUACACUCGCGGCUUGUGAUCGGAACCUGCAAUUGGUCUAUGCAUUACCUGGAUGGGAGGGGUCAGCUGGCAACUCUCGUGUGCUGAGGGAUGCUGUGACUCGGGUUAAUGAGUUGAAGGUUCCAAAAGGUGAAGUUGAGGGCGUCUUGACACCAUUCAGAGGCGUUCGAUAUCAUCUCAAGGAAUGGGCUUCUGGAACUGACGCACCUCAGAAUGCUAUCGAGUUGUUCAAUAUGCGACACACAAAAGCAAGAAAUGUCAUUGAGAGGGCGUUUGCCGUUUUAAAGAUGCGAUGGGGGAUCCUCCGAAGUGCAUCCUUUUAUCCAAUUAAAAUGCAGAUCCGAUUGAUAAUGGCUUGCUUUCUCUUACAUAACUUCAUACGCCGUGAAAUGGCAAUUGAUCCAAUCAAAUCUGAAAUCGACGGCGCAGACUUAGGGGUGCUUCUCAAUGGUGAUAAUGGUCCCGCUGAUAAAACGCUAUGA